ACACAUACAGGCGCGCGAGCGUGAGUCCGAUUUCCUGCGCGUUUCUGUGUGUACGCGCGUUGUGUGUACGUUGCGGUACGCGUGUGUGUGUAACGGUGAUUCAACUGUGAAGCGUGACAACGAAUAUGAUUAAAAUUACACGUAAGCGGUUAAAGGCAACGCAAACGUACGUAACGAGUUGAAUUGAGUCGAGUAGAGAGUGAGUCAAAUUGCACGGUAUUGCAAGCGGCACACGGCACACGGCAAGUGUUAGCAACAGUGGUGCACAAAGAAACUGUUAUAAGGCAGCAGAUUAUAGUGUCAACGUUAAGGAUACCCUAGUUCUUCUAUGAUAGCGCUUAACAAACAACAAAGUGAACUUCCACUUCCCUUUUCACCUUUCGAUGUCCACAAAAACUACGAAGAGGAGUACACAUAAAUGAUGCCCUGGAUAAAUAAAUUGAAGAUAAUCACUAUCAAAAAUCAACUAAGUAAAAAGUGCUUCUCAGCUUUGGUGCUUCCUUCCACAACGUUGUCUUCGAAAUUACAACUUCCGCUGGCAAUGCAAUUACGAGUAUUUUACUGCUGUUGAAUUGAAAGCUUCCUGCCAAUCUUAGAGAUAAAUUGCAAUGCAUGCUAAUGUCACAUCAGAUCGUGGUGGUGGCGGCGGUUCAUGGCGUCUGCCACCUGAUGAAACACUACAAGUACAAGAUCCUAAACAGAAGAAUGAUGAUUUAGAUUUGGAUGAAGGUCACAACUGGCGUAGUAUCAUAUUUUCACUGUUAGUUAUUAGUUUUGUAAUAGCCGGAAUUAUAACCGCAAUAUAUCUAUUAGGUUAUGUUGAUGAAUUGCUCUAUUGGUCGGGUCGUCGCAUGAUACUCGACGAGUACCUGCAAGGCGAUUUGACGCCCACACGUCUACAACCGGCUUGGGUUACGACGCGUAAGUAUGUCUUCCAGUCGGACGACGGCGGACUGGCCAUAUUGGAUACGACCAGCAAUUCGGUUAGCACGCUCGUUACGAAUCACACGCUGCGUCAGCUAAAUGUACGCGGUUAUCAGUGCUCACACGAUCUGCGAUAUGUUCUAUUUAGACAUAAUGUUAAGAAGAUUUUUCAAAAAUCCUUUACCGCAUUUUAUACAAUUUACGACGUUGAAAACGAUCACCAUAUGCCUGUGAAACUAAAAGAUUCACCGAAAGUGCAGCGUACGCGUCUACAAUAUGCCGCUUGGCUAGGCAACACUACCUCGUUGAUCAUCGUUGCCGACAACGAUAUUUAUCUACGACAAUCACCCACUGACGAGGAGGACAUCCGAAUCACAAAUACAGGGUAUGAAAAUUUCAUUUACAAUGGCGUACCAGAUUGGCUCUAUCAGGAGGAAAUUUUCGAAAAACCCGAAGCGAUAUGGGCAUCUCAAGACGGUACACACUUUAUGUAUGCCUCCUUCAAUGACAGCAAAGUGAAUAUGAUGACAUACCCGUGGUUGGCGUCAGGCAGUAUUAUCGCUGGUAGCAGUAUGUCACCGGAAACCUCAUUUCCUGAAACCAGAAAUGUGCGCUAUCCCAUACCCGGCUCCCCGAAUCCCGAGGUCACACUUUGGGUAGUAGAUGCUAGUAAUUUAACCGACAUACAAUAUUUUAUUUUGAAACCGCCCCCUUCCUUGGAUGACCAAGAAUUUUAUAUAACAUCGGCUGGUUGGAUCUCAGAACUAAAUCAUCAAGUUUCUGUUGUCUACAUGACACGCUCUCAAAAUUAUAGUAUAAUCACCACUUGUUUAGCGGAUACAAAUUGGACUUGUGUCGAGAUACACUCCGAGCGUGCUCCCGAAGAUGAGUGGCUCGAUAUACUUCCGCAUCCAGUUUUCGCGCCCGACGGCAAUAGUUUUUUAAUAUUGGCGAGUAUACAAGAAUUCGGUAAUGAGCAUUUCACACACAUCAAACACGUCACAAUGACACAACAACGUAUUGCCGUCAUAUCACAUGGCCGCUAUGAAGUGUUAAAAAUCCUUUGCUGGGACACUGUCAAUCAUUUAGUGUAUUAUCUGGGUACACAAGACAAAAAACCCGGCCAGCGGCAUUUAUACAUGGUGAAAGAUCCGGUCAACGAUGAGAGUAGAAAAACUGAGCCACAGUGUAUUACCUGCGAUUUAGGUGAAGCGCUUUGGAGCAGCCGUUACUACUAUGUGAAUUGUUCUCAUUUCGAUGCCUUCAUGACACCAGUGUCUUCCAUAGCAACUCAAUAUGGUAUCGAAUUUUACAUAUUGGAAUGUCAGGGGCCCGGCCUGCCGGUAUCCGGUGUGCAUAUGCAGAAAUCGCAUAGUUUGGUGAAAAUACUUUAUGACACCCGUCCGUUCUUUACGGAGCGUCUACAAAAGUUGGCGCUACCGACACAACGUUCAUUCGAGAUACCAUUGCCACAUGGGAGUCGGGCACAAGUGCAAUUACUUCUACCGCCUAGUUGGCGUGAAGAGCUUAGGGAUGCCGCCUUUCCUGUGGUGGUCGAAGUCAAUGGCCGCCCAGGUUCCGAGUCUGUUUCGGAGAAAUUUCAAAUCGACUGGGGCACCUAUAUGUCAUCACGUAACGAUGUCAUUUACAUACGCUUAGAUGUUCGUGGCGCGAAGGGCCAAAGUAAAAAGCAACUGUACCGACACUUAGGCGGCGUCGAAGUACAAGAUCAGAUUUCUGUUUUAAGAUAUCUUUUGGAUACAAUUAGUUUUUUAGAUGAAACACGUGUGGGUAUUUGGGGUUGGGGCUACGGAGGUUACGUAACUUCAAUGGUGCUCGGCACACAACAGGAUGUGUAUAAAUGUGGCAUAGCCAUAUCGCCAAUCGCCGACUGGCUCUACUACAAUUCCGCUUUCACAGAACGCAUAUUAGGCCUGCCGGCGGAGAACUACAAAGGCUAUGUCGAAGCCGAUGCAACGCAGCGUGCGCGUCUCAUCAAAUCACACUCAUUCUUCCUAAUACACGGCUUAGCCGAUUCAACUGCACCCUACAUACACGGCAUACAGUUGGCCAAAUCGCUAACGGACGCCAACAUCUUGUACAGAUAUCAGACAUACGCGGACGAAGGUCACGAGCUGUCCGGAGUGCUCGAACAUGUAUAUCUCUCAAUGGAGCACUACUUUGCCGAUUGCUUAAGUUUAGAUCCGGACGAUACGAAACCCGAUCUGGAUCAGAAAAUAGUGCCAGCUGAGUAGAGAGCGAGAGCUAGAGUGAUAUAAAGAGAGAUGUAAAGAGAGAGAGAGAUGAAGGCGGAGAGCGUGCAGCUUCCAAACUGCAACACAAGCAAAAGAUAUUAAAACUAGUAACUAAGCGCGAUUUAGUGAUUUAAAGAAUAAUUAAUUCUAGGCAAAUAUUACAAUUAAGCACAAGUGCAUUAAGAAAGAGAUACAAAGUGAACUGUAAAAUGGUCUAGCAUAAAUAAGCAAAGCAGCAAGGCAACAAGCAGUAGACAUCAAACAUACAUACAUACAUAUACAAGCAUAAGAUUAGGAAAA